CUCUCCUCCAGUCCUCCGCGACGCUCUCGUCUCCGAGUCCGAGAGCGGCGAGAGGUCCCGCGAAUUCGCGAUUCCAAUCCUCCCAUCGAGGGCAAGGCAUGGUGGUGAUCGAGCUGGAGCCCGAGGAGGCAACGCGCCCCUCGUCUACGGCGGCGGAGGAGCGGGAGGCAGCCCGCCCCUCGUCUCCCGCCUCGCCCGAGGAGCAGGAGGCGGAAGAGGAGGAGAAGGAGGAGGCCUUCGAGGACGCGCUCACCGACGAGCAGCUGCGGGAGAAAGCUAGAAGCCAAGCAAAUGAUGCAAAAGCAGAAGGAAACAAGCUUUUUGGUGCUGGACAAUAUGAGGAAGCAUUAUCACAGUAUGAAAUGGCAUUGCAAAUUGUUGCUGAGUUGGAAUCUGCUGAGGAUAUACGCUCCGCAUGCCAUUCAAAUCGUGCUGUAUGCUUCUUGAAAUUGGGGAAACAUGACAAAGCGAUUAAAGAAUGCACUAAAGCACUUGAGCUCAAUCCAUCAUACCUGAAAGCCUUGCUCCGGAGGGCAGAAGCACAUGAAAAGCUCGAACACUAUGAUGAAGCCAUUGCUGAUAUGAAAAAGGUUAUUGAACUGGAUCCUUCAAAUCAACAAGGCACAAGAUCACUUUUCCGACUAGAGCCCCUGGCAGCUGAGAAAAGGGAAAAGAUGAAGGAAGAAAUGAUAGGAAAGCUGAAGGAUCUGGGGAAUUCUGUGCUGGGUCACUUCGGAAUGAGUGUUGACAAUUUCAAAGCUGUCAAAGAUCCAAACACAGGUUCCUACUCCGUUCAAUUCCAGAAGUAAUAAAAGGUGAAGAAAUACACGGACGAAGAUGAUGAGCGGCAGACUUCAGUUAAUGGACUCACUGGACCCUUCAUUCUAUGGUUCAAGGCACUUCUGCGUUGCGCCACAUACCUGGUCCAUAUUCACGUAGAAUCCUGCAAGUUGAUCAGAAGGCGGAGCAUGAGUAUGAGCCUCCUGGAUUAUUGUGUCUCGCACUAUGUUGCACGUUAGAGAUGAUGUUGUCUCGAGUGUGAAAUUGUACAGUAUGUGUUCCGAACCCUGGUAUUUUCCUAGUACAAAGUCCGCUUCUUCUUCUUCUUUUUUUUGAGACCUCAGUACAAAGUCGCUUUAGAUGGAACCUGGAACUGGAAGUGUUCCCCUUUUGUGUUGUGAAACGGUUUCUCUCCCGUUUUUUAACCCUUAUCUUUUGUA